AUAUAAUGCAACAUUUUUAUUCACAUGAUUAAAGUGUUUCAGCAGAAAUACAAAAACAAAAUGUAAGAAUUGUAAGAGAAAAGAUAAACUAAUCAAGCAAAAGAAUUUGCCAGCAAACCUAUUGAAAUUCUGAAACAAUGGUUACAUUAUCUAAAAGGAUUUACUUUUGUUUACGAACGGCCAUCAAGCAGUUCAAGCUUCAGAAGAUACUUCAAUGCUUGUUUCUUCAUGACCUUUCCAUAUAACCCUCUCCACAGCUUCAAUGCCCUCCGAUCCAUAUCCAAAAUCUCGCAACCCCCACCAUGGCCAUUGAUGUUUCUCUUCUGUCCUCCAAACCCUGCUGCCUUCACAAUCCUCUCAUCACACCCCACAGCACUCACCAGGCUAUCCACCAAAGUCUCGUUUGGCGGAAUCUUGCAUCCCCACUUCUUCCUCAACUUCUCCGAUACAAGAACUUCAGAAUAAGCUCCCCAAAAUGAUGCCCUUAAAUACCCUCUCACCCUUCCCCUAACCAUCCAUCUCCUCAUCCCAUCCUCCAAUCUAUAAACCAGUUCUCCCAUAUCUAAUCCUUUUUUCAAUAACACUUCAAUCACUUGCAGUUCUUGGUUCGAAUACAAAACACUCUCUACUGUGCACCUUUUGCAUUUGCAAACAAACCCCCAGCCUUUGGACUUCACUUCUCGGGCACUAUAGGGUGAAAGUACAUCAAAGUAGGCAAAUGUGAGCUCCUCUCCUGUCUUUAUGUCUCUAGAAGCAUGAACUAAGACAUGUUCACCCACGUGGAAACGUCUCGUGUUUGGUUCACAAGAAUGAUUUAUGAAAGAUGUUAAUAGCCAUAGGCCAAUCCCAUGGUAGUGACAGUUUUUACCCAAAACCUUGGCAGAAAUUGUUUGUUCAACUAAUGAGUUCACAUCUAAUACAUUGAAAAUUCUUUCCAUGUCAAGAUUCUGGCCUGGAAAUCUACUAUAUCCAGCUCCCGGUCUGAAUAGAUUAAGGUCGGGGACAUCAAGAGAAUCUUCAUUCUCACCAAUAGACAGAGUACUUAACAGAUCACGGAUUCGGUUACAUUUUGAGGCUAACUGAAGAACUUUAUCAGUGAAAUUAUUCCAGUUUACUAGUUGGGAUUUUUCAAGGUUUUGGGACAUUAUUCCCCUCUCAAUAGCAACAGCCCUAGUGACCAGAAACAAAGUCCCACACUCGACAUCCUUAGUUGCAAACAAGCCACGCCCACUAAUCUCGGAUUUCUUGAUCUCUACUGGCCCUAAAUACUCUGCAAGAUCAGGAACCUUAUCGAUAUUUAAGACCCAAUUCGAGAGAUCAAACCCGCCUGUUUUCGACAAACUCUCUAGCUUCUUACAUUUCUCUAGGAAUCCAUUGAGGAUUUCGCCGUUCUCGGCAUCGUGAACACCCAGAUUGGCUUCCCUGAAGCAACCCAAGGCUAGCGUAUACCUGUCAAGGGAGAGAAAGAUCUUACCUUUACAGAGCAGUGCCUUGAAAUUGGGGUUCUCGAUCUUCAACGCCUCGUCGCAAUCUUGCAAGGCGGGUUGGAAUUGGCGGAGGCGGAAGUGAGACUCAGCCCGAUUGCAGAGAGCUACGCAGAGGGAUUUACUGAGCUUGGAAAGGCGGUCGGAGCUAGGGUUUAGAUGGAGUCUGGAGAUAUGGGAAUUGCAGAGAGAAAUGAACUGAGAAUAUACAUGGAUGCAUUCGCUCCAUUCUUCUCCGAGUAGAAGCUUUGUAGCUUUUGAUCUCAGUUGCCGCAUUAUUUCUGCUUCUUCGUCUUCUUCAUCUUCUUCCCAGAUCUCUGAUUGAAAUUCUGCUUCUGCCAUUUCUGGGCUAUCUCGUCUGCGUGAGUUUUGAUUUUGGAACAAUGCAAGUAAUGUUCAUUUAAUGUCAUGUUCUGUUUCUUCAAAGUUGUAAGUUGUAACGGCUACUCCGAAGUAUUUCUUUUAUUUGCGUCCACUUUAACAUUUUCCUUUAAUUAGAUCUUCCUUUUAUUUUAUUUUCGAAUCUCACUUAAAUAUGACGCUCAACAAAUAAGCGGAUAUUGUUUUUUUUGUAGAUAUUGUUAUAAAGAGCUUGGGGAUAUUGUUGAUAUUUCAGGACCUCACACUUUUAAAACGCGUCUACAAAUAAAGGCUUCAGAUCAUUCUUAUAAGCGCACACACUAUCUUCUGUGCGAGCGUUGUGGGAAAUUCAGGUUCACAACACUCUCAUCGCAAGUAUCAUGCUUUUAUUUAAAAGCACAUAUUUAAAAUAAUUUCGAACAAAUAAUAAUACAUAGAUAUACAAGAUAAAAAUAUAAUUUUGAUUGACAUAGUACUUACUUAUAUCUUCCUCUUGUAGAGAGGCAUUAAGUCACUUAUUUUAAUACACAUAAUGACCGUCUAACAAUACUUCAUACAUUGGUUGAACUCAAACUUUAUAAUCACUUCUUUCAGUCACUUUGGUAGUUUACUUAUCAUAUUUUACAUGUUUCGCUUUUCAUAUCAUUCAAUCCUUUUAGGAUAUUUUCUUAACAUUCCAAAAUAUAGCUUUUUGCUCGUGCUUUUAUAUACUCCCCCUAAUGUCGGGAUAUGUGCUGUCAUAAAACUUUUGAACAAGGAUUUACUUACAUAUGUAGCCACUUCUGGGGUCCAUGUACAUCGUUUCUAAAGUGGGGUUUCAAUAUUGACACACUUUGACUCAUUUUAACGUGUAAACUUUUGGGAGUUACUUAUUAAUAAAUGUCGAAUUAAUAUAAACUAGAUUUUUUUCAUAUAGUUAGACAACUUUCUAGCAGUUUAUCUCAGGCGAAACAUUCAUCUUAUAAUGCUAGAUAUAUUUUAUGGGUUACUUUAUACUUUUCACUAUAUUUCAUAGAAUCUGGUAAAGUGGUCUUAUACCACUCAUUAUAUGCAGACAUUUCAGUAAAGCAUAUCUUGAUAUCAAAUUUAAUAAUAACCCACAUUGUGAAACUUUAAGUUCACUUAACUCUCAUGAACUCAUUUAAAAUAUUGGGAGACUAGACGGCUUUGUCAUUCUCUUAUCUAAGAAGUAUAUAUACAUUGUAUGUUUUAUAUGACAUUUCAUUUAAACCUGGGCUGACCUUAAUUUGGUCAUUUAUUUACAAAAAUGUUUAACUUCAUGCAACAUGUGCUUAACUUAUUCAAAUAUAUGCUCCCUCUGUCCUAGAAAAUACUCCUCACCUUCCUUUUUGGGCCGUUCCAAAAAAUGUUUCUCAUUUCCUCUUUUGGAAAGUUUUGUGUGGCUCACAUUCAUUUACAUUUUUAUUACUCAACCACAACCAUACAUUUCCACUUUAUUUCCACUUUCUUAAUAAGUGUGUCAAUUCAAAUCGGAAAGUAUUUUUUUGGACGGAGGUGGUAUAAUAUAAUAGUAGGAGAACUCUUCUACAGGCAGAUAUUAUGCAAACACAAUUUAUAUAAUUACUAGUAAUAUUUAUAUUAUUAAUUUAAGACAAGUACAACCCUCAAAUUAUAUGCCAAAUCUAUACUCUUAUAGUAAUUUAUGUUACAUUGUUGGAAUUUCAUAUUUCCAUCUAUGAAGUUUUGUUUCUUUUAUCCCUCUCGGGUGGAUAUUUUUAAGCUGAUCACCAUACAUAAUUGCAUUAACUUGAUUUUCUAGGCAUUAUAUGCGUAUCCAUAGCAAUAUUUAAUUAUAUUUUGAAUAUCAUUGAAGUCUAUAUCAUGUAUUUCAAUCAUGCAUUUUCUUAAGAGAUUAUUAUCCUAGGUGUGACUAAAACGUAUUCACUUUCUCAAUCUAUGACCUAACUAGUUUUUUUUUACCAAAACAAUAUUAAAAUUAAUAAUAUUUAAUUAAAAUUCGUACUAAAUAAAUAAUAAAUAAUUUAUGUGGACAAAUGUACCUGAUGGAGUAUAUGGACUCCGACCCCCCGGUCUGCCGACUAUUGGGCCUGGACAGCGGCCCACACACGUUUAGCAUAUUCAUAUUAUUGUACAUUAUUAUUCAGAUGUUCUAGAUUAGCUUUUUAUUCUAUCAGUCCAUUUAUGUAACCGGGUCUGUCAGGCCCAUAUUAGAGGCCCAGACCCGGAUUUUCCCUAUAUAUACUCCUUAUAGGAGGCUUGUAACUCAUACAACCGAUAUUAAUUCAUUCUAUAUACUUUCUUUAUUCCUUCUCCACUCUUGUUCAAUCUCUCCUUAGUUAUAGGAUAUGAGUAUCAAUUAUGCAACAAUGGUGCUCUCGUUGAGAGGUUGAACACAAUCAAGUGAGAAAACCUCCCCAAAAUAUCAAAAAUUCCAUACCAAACUUGAAAAAACCAAGCAAAAAACAAGCUGAAAAUCUCAAGAAGGAUCUCUGGAACGGUCCAGAUGUGAUGCAGUUUUCGCCAGACCUGAACUGGCUGGUCAACUGGAGCAGUUCAAUGUCAAAAAGAGGACCAGAUCAACAUCCACGCUGGGACCAGAUCCGACGUUGGUCCGACGACCAGGAGCUCCGGCGAAGCACGGCCCCAGUGUCGAUGCCUCGUUAGCUCUUACUCGUCCACCCACCUCGCUAGCUCUUAGCUCCGGCGAAGCACGACCCUAGGAACUCUGGCUUGGUAUUAUCCGCCAUUAAUGGUGGGACUGAAGCUCCUGGAAGUGAGGACGUAGGCCGAUGAACCAAAGCACGAACGGAAAUACGAAAUUGAUAGAAGCACCGACACCGCUACCUCCUGACAAACCACCGGGAACACUCCAACUGUCUGCACCUUCUGGUGAAGUUCGCUAUAACUGGCCGUCCGUCUCCUAAGUCAGUCAAUUUAGUUUCUGGAGCUUAAACCUUGAAUAUCCACCAUUAAUGGCCGCUGAAGCUCCAGGAGCAGUAAAUUGGAACUGCCCUACUCACUGCUUUACUCAAUCGAAACCGCCAGGAGCUCCAGGAGCAGUAAGAUUGUAAGAAUGUAUCUUACUCACUUUCGCAGGUGCUGCCGUCAUCCUAGCGAGCUUGCUCCAGUCAGUUGUCACCUGUACGAAGUAGGCAGCAAUAGCCUGAAGGCUACUCUCUUGGGGCUUGGUUGCAGGAGGGAUCUACUUGCCGCAGUAGAUAAGUCUGGAGUCACGUGGACAGAUCUGCUCCAAAGAAACCAAAGUUGUGGUCUAUUAUUAGGAGGACAAAGUUGAUCAAAAUAAAUGGUGGGCUUCCCCAAUAAAUCAAAAAUCCAAUCUCUAUGCAGCCCCACCGUGAUGGUGAUACAGAAAAUGCCUCAAUAGCUUCAGUGGCCGAAAGAAGUUGGCUAGCUGGACCGGUGUGUGGGUUCCAUCUGACUCACUCAACUAUUGGGAAGUGAUGCCCUAAUCAAUGGCAGUAUCAAUAAGACGGUGGCGGACCAGGGAAGAUUGGGCCUAAGUGAGAAACGAUGGCCAAAAUACCUUGGGACCAAACAAGUUGUUGGACAGGAUACAAUUUCAGCGACAUAUUUCAGACCAAUCAGUCCAUUAUUUCAGCCCACUUCAAAAAGAUAAGUAUCUUUAAUUUUAAUAUUAUUUAUAUUUAUUUUAAUCAAUAUUUUUUGUCGGUUGAAUGUCACACUAUCACGCACUUAUGAUCAAAUGCCUAGUAGAGUGUGGUUUGAGACCCAUCACUAGGAUUUAAAGCUCUGACUCUCAGGCACAAAGCCCUGACUCUCAGGCACAAAGCCCUGACUCUCAGGCACAAAGCCCUGACUCUCAGGCACGAAGACCGGUCUUAGUCAUUCCUCGAGUGGCGACUGUUGCUUAUGAAUGGAUCACACAUCCAUUCUACUAAGUAUUUUAUCAUUACAAUAACAAUUCACAUCUCCACUUGUUUCAAGUGACGAACUCCCGAUCGGGAACAUAAAUCCCAAGAAAAAAAUUUAUAUGUAUGUUAAAUAUGUAGGUACAAAUAUGACUUUACUCAUUUUCACCUCGUCUCCACUCGCCUCAAAGAGUGGGGACUGGGGGACUAAGGGGUCAGAGUUUCUAGAUGAGCAGAAAUUAUCACGCAUGAGCAGGAACGAGAGCUGAGUCAGAUGGAGACGGGUUGAGCUAGACAAAAGUGAUUAUGCCGGAGGGGGCCUACCUUCCUUGUUUCAUGUUGGGGGCGCUAGGUGUACUCUUUUUCCCUUUAUUAGGAUUUUUUCCCACUGGGUUUUUUCCUAGUAAAGGUUUUUAACGAGGCACCUCCCCAUCAUGGACGAGGGUGAUGGUCCCCCGGCCAGAGAGGAAGAAACCAAAGACAGAAGAACGUUGCAGCUACAAUUUGGACUACUCCCUUUCACCUCGAGUACUCUUGGCUCAGGGAGUGAGGGACUCCUGAUGGAGUAUAUGGACUCCGACCCCCCGGUCUGCCGACUAGUCAUGGUUCCGGGCCGGGCCCGGCCGGGCUUUUUUUUGGGAAGGAAGGCCCGGGACCGGCCCGGGUAGCCACCGGGUCCGGGCCGGGCCGGGCCUCCGGUUCGGUCAUAAUUUUUUUUUUUUGCUUUCCUAACCCCCCACACCACCCAAACCCCCAAACCCCUCCUAACCAUCAAGCCCAACCCGGCUAACCCCAAAAAAUGAAAAAAAAAAAAAAUAAAAAAAAAAAAUCAAUUUGGCCCGAGCCCGGGCCCGACCCGGCCGAGCCGGUUCGCCAAAUACAAGGCCCGAGCCCGGACCCGCCCCCCCCCCCCCCACCGGGCCUAGGCCCGAUCCGGACCCGGACCCGAGAACCGGACGGUUCCGGGCCCGCACAGUGGCGGGUCGGGCCGGUCCCGGGCCGGGCGGCCCGAACCGGGUCCAUGCCUGCUGCCGACUAUUGGGCCUGGACAGGGGCCCACACACGUUUAGCAUAUUCAUAUUAUUGUACAUAGGGCUGGACUCGGGCCGGGCCGGGCCGAACUGGCCCAAUUUUUUUUUUGUUCUCCUAUUUAAUCCCCUACCCCUCCCCCUCAACCCCAAACCAUCCCAAACCACCUCAAAUGGCCCAAAAUACCUAAUCCAACCUAAAACUUAAAAUUUUCAAAAAAAAAAAAUUAAAAUCCGGCCCGUACCGGGCCCGAACCGGCCGGGCCGGUUCACCAAAACCUGGGCCCGAGCCCGGACCGCCCAGCACCCGGGCCGGGCAAAACCGAACCGGUGGACCCACCGGGCCACGGGCCGGGCCGGGCCAAACAGUGACCGGGCCGGUUCGGUUAGCAUAUUCAUAUUAUUGUACAUUAUUAUUCAGAUGUUCUAGAUUAGCUUUUUAUUCUAUCAGUCCAUUUAUGUAACCGGGUCUGUCAGGCCCAUAUUAGAGGCCCAGACCCGGAUUUUCCCUAUAUAUACUCCUUGUAGGAGGCUUGUAACUCAUACAACCAAUAUUAAUUCAUUCUAUACACUUUCUUUAUUUAUUCUCCACUCUUGUUCAAUCUCUCCUUAGUUAUAGGAUAUGGGUAUCAAUUAUCCAACAGUACCCUUUAGGUUAUAUCUAUAAAACUCUAAGCUUCUAUUCUUUUCUAAAACCCUAACCUCCAUUCUCCCACCUCCAUAGAUACACCCAGUAGCCGCACACCCUUGCCGCCGCCGCCCCGUGGCAUGUAAUCCGCCGCCACACUGUGGCAUGUAGUCCGUUGCCGUCCAAAUUAGCCCAUAGAAAGUUUGUUGCGUCAAUAGAAACUCAUUCGUCGUUCGUCUCUGCAAGCACCGACCCUUGGAGCACGUUGGUCAACCAGAUCUUAAAAAGCCAUUCUAUUUUGAUUUUUAAUUCAUUCCAUCACUUAUUACUCUGUAUGAUGUAAAGGGAGGCUGUCUUUUCAUCCAUAUUGUGUCAGCAUAUUUUUUGGUUUGAAUAGAACUCAUUGCAGAUUGGAACAAGGAGUUUCUUUGCUCUAUAUGGAACGGUCAACUUAGUGAUGAUGAGAACAUGUCUCUAGUGAUGGAAGGGUCAACUUAAUUAUGAGAAUUGAGAUUGUCUAUUAUCAAUUUCUACCAUCUCUCAAGUUUUUCAGCCGCGUACAGAGGCAUUCAUUGGUUCGUUCUUUCUCAUUUUUUUGAGAUUAGGUUUUACUGAAUUUAGAAUUUGUGAGCAUUAAAUAUGGACAUUGAACAAUGACAGUGAAAUAGUGCAAUACGUGUUCAGUAUGUGCAGUGAAUAUACAUUGGUAAGAGACAUUUUGUACAAGGCAGUGAAUGAAUGCAUUAAAUUUUUUUGUUAUGCAGUGAUUAUGACUAGUAUUACAGUAACACAGAGCAGCAAUAUAAAUUAAAAUGCAAUAUACUAAAUUAGAUGUAAAAUAAUAAAAUUAUGUAAUCUAAAAAACAAAAAAACAAAAACUAAAAAUAAAUUUCUCAAGUAAAUGAGAAGAGAAUUAAUUUUGGCGGAAGUGCAGUGAUAAUUACCGGAUGUGCAUUAAAAUCCUGCAUUAAUGUAGUGCAUUAAUGUUAAUAUAAAGUACAGUAAUUUUAAUUGGACAAAAUUAGUGCAAAAUUCACAUAUUUUAAAUAAGGGUAUUUUCGUCAUUCAACCUUUAAAUAUAAACGAAAUUAAUUUAUUUUUUGGAUUUUCGAUCAUACGGAAGUCUAAAAACUAGUUAGAUCAUAGAUCAAGAAAGUGAUUGAGUUUUAGUCUUACCCUAGGAAAUUUCCCUUUUCUUAAAGUAUAUCUUUUAUUUGAUUGUGUUAUAAAACAUGGAGCUAUACUAGUCACAUUUACUUAUCGGUUACUAUUCAACAAUCAAGUUUAUAAAAUAAAUGUAAUCAUAUUAUGUUCCAAAAUGACCAAAUUAUAUAUGUAGAACACACAUGUAAUUUCCAAUGCAUUUUUCUUAAUGCUUACUAUAACUUACCGUGAAGUAAUUUUUUAUAAUAAUACAAAAUAGGCAUUAGAAAAGCAAUAAAAUGUUAACGAACUGAUAAAGAUUUUGAUCAUACAUAAUCAAGGCAAUGGAAAGCUACUAAGAGCACAUUAAACAAGGAAUUUCAAAACCAACUUUAAAGAAAUGCUACUUCAGAUACAUUUAUUUUGUAAUUUUUUGUUCACAUUCUAAUAAAUCAUGUUCUUAUCGAUUAAACAAAAAAGUUAGUCAAAAUAUCUAUGUUUUGUGUUUUUUAACUAUUUGAAUAAUUUACAUGUUUCAAAUAUUUUUAAGGGAAAAUCACUCCUUUAGUGCCUGAAAUAAUCACCAUAUUGAAAUGUCAGACCCGUAUUUUUGAGAUUGGAAAUAUCACCCCACAAUUGUCCAAAUUGGUGUAAACGUGGUCCUUUGAGAGGUGAAACGUAAUCAUCGCUCACAUUAUACAUUUCACUCUUCAAAUGACCACAUUUACAACAUUUUGGACAAUUGAGAGGUGACAUUUACAAACUUGAGAACACGGCUCUGACAUUUCAAUAUGAUGACUAUUUCAGGGACUAAAAGUGCGAUUUUCCCUAUUUUUAAUGUUGUUUUAUAUUUAUAUUUAUAAUUCUAUAUUCUGAUUUUUUAUCUAUUAAUUCUUUAUUUUAAUAUUUUGAAUCAAUUGUCUAUUUUGACAUGUUAAAUAUUUGGUAUUUUGUCCAUAAAUAUUACGUAGUACUACGUACUAAAUUUAAAUUAAAAGAAAAAAAAUGAAUUCUUUUAAAAUUUUCUAAAAAUGACAUAUCUAAUAACUAGUUUCCAGUAAUUCAUAAUCUACAUGUGACUUGUCAUUCUGAAAUAUAUUAUAGUGACUCUAAUCUAGUUACUCGUACACAGUGAUUAGUCUUAUUUUUGUCCAAAAAACAUAACUAGUAAUAUUUUUGGCCGGACAAGCUCUAUUAGUAAUAUACAUGUCAUUUUUUAAAAAUAUUUUUACAUUUAUGUUUGCACCUUUUGAAACAAUAUACUACCUUCGUCCUAAAAUACUUAGAGAAAUCUAAAAAUUUGGAUCAUGAUUUUGAUUACUAUAAUAUUAUGAGAGUAAUAGGUUUUAUACUUUUAUGAAAGUACAUUUAACAACAGACAUUUUCAUGUCAUUUUUAUAUAAUGAAUAAUUUUCAAUAAAUAUAUAUAGUUGGUAAAAGUUUUGAAGAUGGUUAAGUAUUAUGGGAUGGAGGUAUUAAGAUUUUUAACAAAAUGGGGUUUUGACAUUAAUAUUACUAAAAAGUGAUAAUGAAUAAAAAAAAAGUGACAUUUUUUACAAAUUUCCAAAUAUUGACAAAAAUAUUAAACUUACUAAAUUAUCCGUAAUCUCUAGUGACCUAACCUGCUGAUGGAGUAUUAAUUCUAGAGAGAAGUGAGAGCUAGAGAGAGAAAGUGAGUAAUUAUAUUUCUCAAAUUGGAAAAGAAUCCCCAUAAUUAGCCCCUUGGGGUCUAUUUAUAGGUAAAAAUGCAGAUUUGGGCCCCUAGCCUUGGGCUUAGGAGGCCCAUUACCAUAACCAUGCCUUCUUUGGGCGAAUAAGGCCACUAAUGGGCUGAGUACAACACUUAGUACAAAAAUAGGAAAAUACAUUCGCCCGGACGAAGUCCGGACGAUGCGGUCCAUGGACGAUGCGGUCCAUGGACGACGCGGUCCAUGGACGACGCGGGCCACGGACGAUGCGGUUCAUAGAAAUCAGGCGACAUCUUCUCUCUUGGACGCUACGUGCCUCUGGGCGAUGCGGGUGUCCCGCUGGUGUCUUUUGGGCCGUUGAGUAUGUGGGCCAUGGGGUCCAGGCCCAUAUACUCUAUCAGGAGUCCCCCACUCUCUGAGCUGAGGUGAAUACCGAAGCGAGAGGGAGUACUUGUUUCUUUCUGGCUGGCCGUUGCGGGAGUCUAAGGCGUUUGAUGGCCGAAGAGUUCCUGCUUUGAUUUUUUGAUGAAGCGGUUUCCUUAUUUGAUGUAGAUGAAGCGUGCUUGGAAACUCAUAGCCUUGAUGCGGGCCGAUGCACACUCUGUGGAAGUGCUUUUGAAGACGAGGCGAUGCGCUUUUCUUCUUUGUAGAUGGUGCGAAGAAUCCUUGGUGGAUAAGUUGGCAUGCUUUCAUUGUCACUUUGUUGGGGUCGAAGAGCUCCCAUCUAUCCUUUUGGCCGUAGCGAGGACCUAUUUUCAUGAGAUGGAGAUGGUCGAUUCUGUCUAUGUGGACGAUGCGAUGCGCACCUUUGUUUUGUCAUGCGGCCGGAGCGUCUUGACUUGUGAGUUUUUGUUAUGGUGAGACGACGCGGUCCUCUCAAUGUACGUAGCCGUUGCGCUAGAUUUUUUUAUCUUGGGGUUCUAAUUCCUGGGCUCUGUAGCCGAUGCGAUCCCCAGUUCUUUGUUGUUGGCAAGCCGUAGCAGACCCUUUUGUAUUAAGGCCGUUGCGUUUUCUUUUCUUGUGGCCGAUGCAGUCCCCCAGUCCCCCACUCCUUUGGCCGAAGAGCAUCUGAGGCACAAGGGAGUAGUGAGCCGAUCCGGUGCCUAUGCGUUAGUCGCGACUCCAACCCUUAGGCGAACCUGUCCAAGGUAACCCUGUGGGAGAACCCUUGGACGAAGGCCGCAAUGCCAGGGUUAUCAUCGACGAUGCGCGCUCAGGCAGCCGUAGCUGUCUAUUUAAGGUUUUCUGGGUCUUUGUGAGGACGUAGAGUUAGGCCGAUGCGUUCCUUUUCCGGCCUUAUGGGCCGACGCUUGCUUUGAAGCUUGUAGUAGUUGGGCCGUAGCGGUAUUCAGCCGAUGCCUUGUUCUUUGUAAGGUUGAGUUGGGCCGUAGGGGCGCUUGUUUGAGUGAUUCUGAAUUGGUGUCCCUUGAUUGGUAGGGAGAGAGGUGGCCGUUGGUGGAGCCAAUGGGGUGGCGCCACGUGUAGUGACCGUUGGAAGUUUUCUAUAAAUACCUCCCUAUUCCGUAGCCGCUACCCUAUUUGCGUUUGCUAGAGUUGAAGUGCUGCUGAGAUUUCUAGAGAGAUAAAGUGCUUCCCAGAAAUCUUCAAGUGUUCUUCGGAUCUUCACCCACUCCAAGGUUAGGUUCUUGAAUUGUUCUCCCUUUUUUCUUUAUACUUUGCUUCCUAGGGGGUUAGAUCUAGUGUUUCUAGGAAAAAUCACUUUGAUCCUCGAACAACCCUUAGGACGUAGCAUAGUUGUUAUGCCGUUCCCUGACGGCCGUAGCGUCCCCUCCCCUCUUAACUUAACAGCUUCUUUAGACGAGUCGGACUGGCCUUUUGACGACGAGGACCCGUCUCCUGGAGUGAAUCUUGAGAUAGUUCGAGCGUUUGAAACAGAGAUGGAGAAUACUGCCGAUUACCGCACUUCUCAGGACGAGGAGCGUCUGAAUGAUGAUGCGGGUUCCCAACAAUCGGGCGAGGACGAGGCGAGUUCUGAACCCAAGUUUCGCGGGGACGGGGCGGGUGAUGCCUCCUCCGCUGCUAUCCCAUGUCCGCCGCCUAUUUCAUCUGUGCCAGGUGGGGCGUCGUCUUCAAAGGUCACCAAGAAACGCGGGUCGCGUCGGAGGAAAGCUGCGGCUGGUGGGCGUUCUCAGUUAGACUUGACAAACCUGUAUAUCAUAAGGCCUGAAAGCACCCGAGGCGAGUACCAUCUGGCUCAGCUGUAUGUUGGGCCUUAUGGGAAGGUGAGGGAGCCGAGACCGACUGAUCAUGUUCCGGAUCCUCCUCCUGGGUACUUCGGGGUUUAUCCGAUGGGGUUCUCGCAGGGACUACGGUUUCCGUUACCCCCUUUUGUGAUUGAGUACCUGAAUAUGGUAGAUCUCCCUCCGGCGCUCUUGACGCCGAAUAGUUUCUCUCUGAUCGUCGGGUUCCUCAUCCGGUGCGACGAGCUCGGCUUUGAGCCCACGACGGCUCUUUUUUCCAAUUUGUUCCGGAUCGGCCGAGGGAGCCAUAAGAACUGUGCUGGUUACGCUACGCUUCAGCAACUCCCGGAGAAGAAAUCCUUUAAAGACCUUCCUUCGUCUAUCCAUGGGUGGAAGGCAAAGUUUGUGUUCGUGAAGUUGGCCGACGGGGUUUUCUUUCCUUCGCAAGGGCAUAGUGGUGAGUUUAACCUGCACAAUCCGCCGCGAAGCGCUGAGCUUGAUGCCCAAGUUGAGGCAUUCCUGAAAGGUGGGCCGAGGAGUGUGAACACGUAUAUCACUGAGUUUAAGAUUGCAGCUCUCGGGAUGAUGCGGUACUACAUUCCUGGCGACCCUGAUUGCGGUUUGUGGCCGAAGAUCUCUGGCUCUUUUGAACUGGCCGACGGGCCACUUAUAGGGAUUCCGGCCGAAGCCGAAGGUUACGAGAUGAGUCGCAAAAUGUUCAUGGCUCAGGCCAAGAAGCAGGUUGCUAAGGAGUUGGAGGCUGCCCAGCGAGCCGAGGCGUCCAAGUGUUCUGGCGACGGCUCUAAGAGUCUUGCCGAUGCGGCAAAAAAGCCAGUGGUGAAGAGGAAGAAGGCUGCUGAGGGCCAGCGUACCCUUACUGAGACGGGUCUGGUGCCGGCCGAAGGCGCCAAGAAGACGAAGCCGAACCCUCCUCCCAAUGACGCUGCUUUGGCCGACGCGCAGGCAUCGGUCCCUGGGGGAGCUGCCUCUGAUGUGUACGUCAUUGAGGAUCUGACGUUGAACGUCGCCUCGUCUGCCCUGGUUCCUACUAAGUCUGGGGCUGCUGCAAAGAAGAGUGCCCGUGCUGACCGAGACCUGACCUCCGGUCUUUAUGAGGUGACGGUGCGGUAUCCGCCGAAGGGCGGUUUAUUCAACGAGAAGGUUUCCGGGCACGACGUCCUGUUCCAGGCCAUUCCCGAUGCCGAUAGGGAGUACCUACGUCGGCAGAGCAAGGAUGUGCGGCUCUUUGAUGGUGGAUUGGACUACAUCGUCCAGGGUGCCUUCAUGCUCAUGGAGCAGCAGCGGCGGCAGGACGAGGAGCUUGCUCGCCUUCGCGGAGCUGAGAUGAAAGCCGCCUCUGCUGACGAGGCGCUUUCCCAACUGGAGCGGCUCCGGACUGAGACUGCCUCCUUGAAGGAAAAAGCUGAUGCGGCUGAGAAGAGGGCCGUUGUUGCUGAGGACGAGGCGAAGCGCCUCAAGGUUCAGUUAGAUGAAGAAGCGGCUGCCCGUCGGCUAGCAGAGGAAAGAACUGUGAAGCUUGAGGCCGAUGCGAUUGCAGCUGCCGAUAAAGCCAUUGAGCUUUUUAUGGCCGAGGGGUGGAAGGACGAGGCCCGAAGCGAUUGGACUUUCAAUGUCGUGGCGGAGCGCUUUGAAGCGUGGUCUCAGGAGGAGGCUGGCCGAGCCCGCCUGAAGGAGGAGUUUGAAGUCUGGUAUGACCUCGGCCAGAGGCGUAUGCAGAUGUUGGUUUACCGCCGCCUCCGCCGGCGUGUAAAGAACCUGAAGCCCAGGGGUAUCGGCCUUCCCCGGAUGAUGAAGGACCCCGAGGAGGAGUUGAAACUUCCUCUGUCCGAAAGGCAGCCCCCCAUCCUGAGCUCGGAUGAAGAGGACGAGCCCUGGACCGAGAGUGAUGAUUACCUCUUCCGGACCUCGACCAAGUCAAAAAAUACUGAGGAUGAGCAAGACGAUGCGGACAGCGGAGCCGUCGAGGGUGGCCAAGGACAAGCUGUUUAGUAUUUGUACUUAGCUUCCCUCCCUUUUUUCUUUUGUUCGUAGUACUAUUCUUAAUGGCCGAAGCGCCUUGAUGAUUGUAAUGGCCGAAGCGCCCUCCUUGUAUGUUUGAAUCAUCAAUCAAAGCUCUUUUUGUCCAAGUGUAGAAUAUUUGGUCGCUUCGUCUUUGUUGCUUUAAAUUCCCAUGCAUCUUUUGAUUUUCACAAUUUUUGCCAAGUACUAGGUGUAAGCGUACCCCAGCUGGUUUAAGACUAUGUACUUAAACCAAGCGUUUUGACUUGUGGACUGUUGGUGUCGCAUCGUCUAUGUACUUAUUGCUUUACAAGUUUCAUCUUUUUCAAAUUUGGCUAAGUGUUUGCGAACAUACUUCGGUUGACUGAGACGAAGCGUUCCCUCGAUGUCUCAAGGGAUAUGCGUCCCUCGUCGGAGAUGAUGAGGUGGUUUGCUGUUGUCGUUUUGGUUUGUUGAGGACGAAGCGAUACCUAGAUAUGGGCAGGUAGCGCCUCGGCUUCCUUUGAGUGUCUGAAAAUUUCUGUGUCAAAUUUGACUUGAUGGAGGUGUUUUGCCUCGGUUCGCCAUUUGGGAUUUGUUACUCGGAGACGAUGCGCCCCCGUCGCCCAAACACUCGAAUGUAGUUUCGUAUAACCGAAACCGGAGCGAUUCCUUCUUAUGAAGCUGUGGUUGAGGCCGAAGCGUGCGCCUCGGAUUCCUGUUAGGUGAAAACCUGAUAUGUACUUAGCCGAUUUUGAGGCUUUGGUUUUUGUGGGGAUUUUAUUUUAUGCUCGAGGCCGGCGAGUGCGCGGUCCGUCGGCUUCCCUCUUUUUUUUUUUUUUUUUUUUUUUUUUUUUUGGGUGGCCGAAGGGUUACUGUCCCUUCGUCCAUGUACGGUAGUUUGUCCGCUACGCUUUUCGCGUGAAUUAAUGCGAGGGAGUAAAUACGCCCUCGGCUUGGUGUCAGUGGCAUCUUUUUUGCCUUUCCACGUCUAUCGUCGACGAGGGACCGGACUAGGCAUCGUCUCAUGACGGCCGCCCUUUGUGGUCCUGAGCGAAAUUUUACUGACGGGUGGAGUUUUUGUAACCUCAGCCUUAAUUCAGACUUGUCGUCCUGCGGUUUCCGCGCGGACGACGCGGUAUACUUCUCCAUUUUGAAGACGUUGGACCAUGCACACAGGUCCUUCGUCCUGCAUAUCGUCGGCCGAUUUGGGUGUUUCACCGCUUGUGCCGAUACGAUAUUUAGGUGCGUUGUCUAUGCAACGGCUUUGUAGGCGCGUUGUGGAUCGCAACGGCCUUAGGUGCGUUGUGUAUUGCAACGGCUUUAGGUGCGUCGUUUAUUGCGACGGCUUUAGGUGCGUCGCUUAUUGCGACGGCUUUAGGUGCGUCGCUUAUUGCGACGGCUUUAGGUGCGUCGUUUAUUGCGACGGCUUUAGGUGCGUCGCUUAUUGCGACGGCUUUAGGUGCGUCGUUUAUUGCGACGGCUUUAGGUCGCAUCGGUCCCAGGUGAUUGCACCGCUUAGGCCGAUGCGGUCCUUGGGUUUCCUUUUUGCUCAAAUCUUAAGAGAUUGGAUGGAACAUGAAUUUUAUUCAAUAAGUGGCGCUAGGCCGAGGGUGUUUUAUUCAACCAAUAAGCCGAGGGGUGGGGGACGUUGCCCGCUUCACCGCUUCUCGGGUCAUUGGUAAAAUUUCACCAGGUGGUGUACAUUCCACAAUCGUGGUACAUCUGACCCAUUAGGGUUCUUUAGUCUAUAAGUGCCGGCUUUGAUGACGGCGCUGAUGAUGUAGGGCCCUUCAUAUUUGACGGCGAGCUUUCCUCCUUCCGUCGGCUUGCUUGCUUCCCUUCGGCGGAGGACGUAGUCCCCCACCUGGAAUUCGCGAGAGCGGACCUUGGCGUCGUAGUAGGAUUUGACUUGUCGUCUGUAGUUCUCCGCUCUGAGGUAAGCCAUCUCCCGCCUUUCAUCAAUGAGGUGCAAGUCAAUCUUCAUGGCUUCUUCAUUGGCUUCGGGGUCGUAUUGUGUGACCCGUCGGCUGGGAAGCGUCACCUCAGUGGGAGCCUUGGCUUCGAAGCCGUAGCACAAGGAGAAUGGUGUCUCCCCGGUGGCCCUCCUCGGCGUAGUGCGGUAGGACCAUAGGACGUUGGGGAGCUCGUCGACCCAACUUCCGCCUUCUUCUUCGAGCUUCUUCUUUAGUCCCUCCAAGAUGGUUCUGUUGGCGUUCUCAACCUGCCCGUUGGCCUGAGGGUAGGCAACGGAGGAGAAGCGGUGCUUGAUACCCCAUUCUUGGAGGAGGCUUUGGAACGGUUCGGCCUCAAACUGGGUGCCGUUGUCUGAUAUGAUUUCCUGAGGCACGCCGAAGCGGGUGAGGAUGUUCUUGUAGACGAACUUUCGACACCGCGCUCCGGUGAUGCUUGCGAGUGGUUCGGCCUCGACCCAUUUGGUGAAGUAGUCGAUGGCGACGAUGAUGUAUCUGUUGUUGCCCGCAGCUCUUGGUAGAGGGCCGACGAGGUCGAUGCCCCAUCUGGAGAAUGGGAUGGCAGUGCUGACCGGGGCGUAGUUGACGGCUGGUCGGCCAGGUGCCCUUUGAUAGUGUUGACAUGCGCUGCAUUUGCGGGCGACCUCAGCACAAUCACGCGCCAUCGUCGGCCAGAAGUAGCCUUGGACGACGAGGCGGCGCGACAUGCUGAAGGGCCCCUGAUGUGAUGAGCAUACGCCGCAGUGGACUUCUUCCAUGGCCACUUCGGCCUCAUUCUGGUGUAAGCACCGGAGGAGGGUGCCGUUGUAUGAUCUCUUGUAGAGCUUGUCACCCUCAAUGACAUAGCUUGGGGCCCUGAGCUUGGCUAGUUUGGCCCUCUCCUCGUCUUCUGGUAGCGUGCCGGAGGUGAUGUAGGUUGCGAUGUCAGUGAUCCAAUCCUCCGGCUGGUGUUGGAUGGAGAGUAUAGGGCUGGCGUGAAUGCUUGACAUGCUCAACUCCUCCACCUUAGCUAUCUUGGAGAUGUGCUCAGGGGUGUCGGAGCUGAGUUUGGAGAGUAUGUCAGCCUCGGCGUUCUCUGCCCUUGGGAUCUGAGUGAUCUCGUAGGUAUCGAACGCCUUGAGCAAUUCCGCAGCGGCCUCCUUGUAUUGCUUCAUCCUCCCUUCUUUGGCCUCGUAGGAACCCUCCAUCUGGCUCACUACGAGUUUGGAGUCGCAUUUGAUUCUGACGUGGCGUGCUUUGAGGCCAGCGGCUAGUCUGAGUCCGCUGAGGAGCGCCUCAUAUUCAGCCUCAUUGUUGGAUACUUUGAAGUUGAAGCGAAUGGCGUAGUAUGCUCUGAAUCCUUCUGGGGAGAUGAGGACGACGCCACCCCCACAAGCUUUGGUGGCCGAGGACCCGUCCGUGUACAGGGUCCAGGCUUCGUCUGGUUCGGCUCCUGUAGUGGUAACGGCCGUCUCCCUUGCCGUGCACUCGGUGACAAAGUCAGCCAAGGCUUGCCCUUUGAUGGAUGGCCUCGGCUUUAUCUCAAUCUGGUACUGGCUCAAGAAUAUUGCCCACUUGAUCAUCCUUGGGGAGCUGGUUGGGCUCCUCAUGAGGGCGCCCAACGGCUGAUGCGUGAGGACAUGGACGGGGUGAGCCUGGAAAUAGUGCCCCAGCUUUUUCACCGUGUGGACGAUGGCAAGCACCGUCUUCUCAAUAGGGGAGUACCUGAGCUCGGCCUCCCGCAACGUCUUGCUGACGUAGAAAAUUGCUUUUUGCACCCCGUCAUCCUCCCUGAUGAGUACGGAGCUGACGGCCGACGUGCUUACUCCCAAGUAGAGGAAGAGAGUCUCGCCGGGCUGGGGCUUGGAUAGGACGGGUGGGGAGGCGAGAUAUUGUUUCAGCUCCUCAAAGGCUUGCUGACACUCCGUCGUCCAUUUGAAGCUGGUGGCCUUCCUCAUUAUCUGGAAGAAGGGGAGCGACUUCUCCGCGGAUUUUGAGAGGAAACGGUUCAGGGCCGCGAGGCGUCCCGUCAGUCGUUGUACCUCCUUUAUGUUGCGGGGUGGCUCCAUGUUGAUAAUGGCUUGUAUUUUCUCCGGGUUCACCUCGAUGCCCCUUCGACUGACCAGGUACCCCAGGAAUUUACCUCCCUGGACGCCGAAGGUGCACUUCUUUGGGUUGAGCCGGAGGUUGUAUCUCUUCAUGAUCUCGAAGAUGCCCCGGAGGUCGUCGGCAUGGGUUGUGGAUUGUUUGCUCUUGACGAUCAUAUCGUCGACGUAUGCUUCCAUCGUCCGACCUAAGACUGCUCUAAAAAUCCGGGCUACCAUCCUUGUGUAGGUGGCGCCGGAGUUCUUGAGCCCAAAGGCCAUGACGAGGUAGCAAAAAAUUCCCUCCGGGGUCAUAAAAGCAGUCUUCUCCGCGUCAUCUUCGUGCAUGGAUAUCUGGUGGUACCCUCUGAACGCGUCGAGGAACGACAUCAACUCGCACCCCGCCGUCUCAUCUACCAACUGAUCAAUGUUGGGGAGAGGGAAUGGGUCCAUUGGGCACGCCUUGUUCAGGUCAGUGUAAUCAACACACAUUCUGAACGUAGGCGGCUUUGGGGCGAGGACGACGUUUGCCAACCACGUGGGGUACUUCACCUCUUUUAUGUGUUUGAUGGAGAGCAGCAUGGCCACUUCGGCUUUGACGAAUUCCCUCCUGUCAGCUGAGAGGUAGCGUUUUUUCUGUUUGAUGGGGGAGGAGGCCGGGUUCACCGAUAGCCGAUGUGUGAUUACUUUUGGGCUGAUGCCCGGCAUGUCCUCUGGUCCCCAUGCGAAGACGACGGCGUACGCUCUCAGGACAGAGAGGAUGUCCCUUCGAAUCUGUUGGGGGAGCUGUGUCCCAAUCUUCAGCGUGCGUUCCGGCCGGGAGACGUCCAACGGAACAUCCUCCACGUCUCCGACCGGUUCGGCCUUUGGUGUGUCUUCUUCGGCCGAGGCGGUGGUGAUGGUGUCUAUCCGCUCCUCGGCCUCAUUGAUCUUCCUUGUGAGCUUCAGGUAGCAAGCCCUGGCUAUCUUCUGAUUUCCUCUGGCGUAGCCGACGCCGUCCUUGGUGGGGAACUUGAGGCAUAGAUGUCUCAUGGAGAUGAUGGCCUCAAGGUCCUCCAAGGCCGGCCGUCCCCAUAUCAUGUUGUGGGCGCUGUCCAGGUUGACAACCACGAACUCCAUGUCAAUCUUUGCCUGACAGGUACCGUCACCGACCACAACGGGAAGCACUAUCGUGCCCUCGGCGUCGAUAGAGUCCCCGGUGAAGCCGGAUAACGGAGUCCGUAUCGGCCGGAGCUCGGACUUCUUCAAUUUCAGUUGUCUGAAGGUGUCAACGUACAUCACAUUGACAGAGCUGCCAGUGUCGAUGUAGUUGCGGUGGAUGAUGUUGUUGCCAAUCUCGCAUUUGACGACGAGAGCGUCCCUGUGGGGCAAGGGGCCGAAGGGGAGGUCCUUGUCGGUGAAGGUGAUGGCUUCCACAUGCCGCCGCUUCGGCUGAGGGGGGGCGUGGGUCACCUCACCAACGUAUAGGGACUGAGCCCAUUUCUUCCGUUGGGUAGCCGAGUCCCCCCCUGUGUUCCCGCCGACGAUGAUGUGAAUGUGAUGCUUCUUCGCGCGGGGCUCCUCUUCGUCCUCAUCUUCACUGAGGGCGCCGAUCUCCCUCUUUUUCCCGGAGGAUCCUUCCCCCCUUUUGCCAGGGUUAACCCAAGUGUUACUCUUGGGGGCACCCUUGACGAAUUGGGAAAGUUCCCCCUGUCGGAUGAGGCCGUCGAUGUGCCUCUUCAAGGUGGUGCAAUCCUCGGUCUUGUGGGAUGUCUGGCGGUGGUACUUGCAGUAUGUCCCUCCUUUGUGGACCGCAAAUAUCUCCUCCUCUGACCUGGGGUCCUUCACGAUGAGGCCCUGCGCCUCGGCGUGGUCGAGGACGACGCUCACCGGGUGGGUGAGGGGGAUGCGCUGUGCCUCCAAUUUUGGGCGCCAUGAGCGGUCCUCUCUCCGCUGUCCUCCUUGCUCCUGGUGUGCCUUCUUUGGCUGGUGCUGUCCCUUGUUGGCCGGCGGGUGGUGGGGGUUGGACGAGGAGUCCUUCUUUUGUUGCUUCUCCCCACCCUUCUUCUGGUUCAGGAGCUCGUCGGCAUCAGCGUGCCUAUCUCCGCGUCGGAGCGCCGCGAGGUAUGACCGCGGCGGCUCCGUGAACAGGCUCCGGGCGAAGUGGCUAGGCCGGAGUGCUCCGCGGAGGAAAGCCAAGAGAGUGCGCUCGUCGGCCCCUUCACAUUCGUCCGCCUCCCUUGUCCAGCGAUCGAGGAAGGCUCGGAGUGUCUCCUCCGAUUGUUGUUUGAUGGUCAGGAGGUGGGCGAAAUGCUUCUUCGCACGCUUCCUCCCGGCAAAGUGGGUGAGGAAGCGCUGAGCAAGGUCCUGCCAUGAGUCGAUGCUCCCUUCUGGAAGGUUAUUGAACCAAUCAUACGCUGGCCCUUCCAAGGUGGAUAGGAACCAGCGGCACAUGUAUUCCUCCGAAGCGUUGGUCAUCAUCAUGUUGUUCUGAUAGCGGGUGAAAUGCUCCUGGGGAUCAGUGCGGCCGUCAUAUGGCUUGAUUGGAUUCCCUUUGUACUUCUCUGGGAUGGGAGCGGAGAGCACCCUCGCAGAGAAGGGGGUUCGGGUCCGUAUUUGGAUGACGGGCUCGUCGCGUCGGUCGGCCAACUCCCUCUCCAAGGCACUAACCUUGUGUAGGAGUGCAUCGUAGUUGGGAUGCUGGGAUGUGUGAGCCACUGCGCGCCCUGCGGCCUCUCGGGCCUCCAUAUCAGCGAGGCGCUUCUCCAGGCGGGCGAUGAUCUCGUCCCUUGGGUCCGUGUUGGCCGCAGCGCCACCCAGAGGGGUCUGGAUCCGGGCCGCGUGGGCCAGGUUGAUCUGGUGACGCGCGUCAUCAUCAUUCAGCUUUCCUUUGCCUUUGUCUGGUCGGGGCCGAUCCGUUGUCCGGGAAACUGACCCGAAGCUUUCCUUUGGUGAUCCCGGCUCGCGACCACCCAACCGAUCCGCAACCCUUCCCGUAGGUACCCGACGGCUCGCGAUGUCACCCAACCUAUUGAAGACCGAGAUUUUACCGCGAGGUUGGGCCGGUGUAUCCCGGGUAGGAGAGGCAGUAUGGGAAUGGGUGUCCGCGGCGAGGAUGCCUUCGUCGUUGCCGAAGAAGGUGACGCCUUGUGGCCGAGGCGGCGGUGGUGGCACCGUCGCGACUUCUCCAGUCACGGGAGUGUUGUUUUCCCCGGUCUUUGCGACAAGAGCGCUGACGACGUUGGGGUCCUGGAGGAUGCUCGCAACAAUGGCCGAUAAUGCGGCCGGGUUGAUCUGGGGAGCAGCAGGGUGAGAGGCCUGCUGGCCCGAAGUGCGAUCAGCAUUGCGCUUGUCCUCGAGCCCGAUGCGGGCGUCUGGGGCAGUCUUGUUGAGCUGGGUGCGAAGGUCGGCCGCUGCGAGCUCGACCUCCUGAGCGUUCUCAUCCUGAAUGAUGAGAUCAUUGGGGACGUUGUCAGCAACGUUUCCCUGCCCUUCCUGGUUCAGAGGGGCAUUCCUUCCGGUGUUCUUUGACCUAGUUCUUGUCAUUCUGUUGCGUCUAGUAGCGACGAGGGGUACUCACUUGAUCUGUUCUAGGCUCUCAAUGAAAGCACCAAAUGAUGGAGUAUUAAUUCUAGAGAGAAGUGAGAGCUAGAGAGAGAAAGUGAGUAAUUAUAUUUCUCAAAUUGGAAAAGAAUCCCCAUAAUUAGCCCCUUGGGGUCUAUUUAUAGGUAAAAAUGCAGAUUUGGGCCCCUAGCCUUGGGCUUAGGAGGCCCAUUACCAUAACCAUGCCUUCUUUGGGCGAAUAAGGCCACUAAUGGGCUGAGUACAACACUUAGUACAAAAAUAGGAAAAUACAUUCGCCCGGACGAAGUCCGGACGAUGCGGUCCAUGGACGAUGCGGUCCAUGGACGACGCGGUCCAUGGACGACGCGGGCCACGGACGAUGCGGUUCAUAGAAAUCAGGCGACAUCUUCUCUCUUGGACGCUACGUGCCUCUGGGCGAUGCGGGUGUCCCGCUGGUGUCUUUUGGGCCGUUGAGUAUGUGGGCCAUGGGGUCCAGGCCCAUAUACUCUAUCACCUGCCACAAUGACUUCUGCUGCAGUGACCUCUGCCACAAUGACUACCAUCGGCCCAAUGAAACUCACCUCGGCGGCAAAAGUGUCAAUUACUUCACCUUCUAGUGACAUACUUUCUUGUGAGCUACCGGCAUAGUGGUGGACUCGAUUCGGGCCACCCGACCUGGGAACCGGACCGGCCCGGUACUGUAGGGGCCCGGCCCGGCCUGGGAACCAAGUAUCGGUUUCGGGUCUAGGCCCGGUUUUAGAUUGUAACCGGGGGCGGUCCCGGGACAGGUAAAAUUAGUCAUGGACCCGGGCCGGGCUGGUUCCAGUCCAGGCUCGGUCGGGCUUUUUUUUUGGAAGGAAGGCCUGGGACCGGUCCGGGUAGCCACCGGAUCUGGGCGGGGCCGGGCCUCCGGUUUGGUUAUUUUUUUUUUUUUU